ACUAGAAACACGAAGCCCAUCUCUUUUGCACACGACGUCAGCUGUCACAUUGAUUGUUUUUUUUCUGCAUAUUUUUCAACACACAAAAUCAUUACAAGUUUUCUCCUUCGCUUCGGGUGUAAUUUCGAAGAAAAGACGGAUUUUCUGGUGCAUAUUACAGCGCUCGAAGCAGCAUGAAUUACUGUUGGUUGCACGGUUGCAGUAAGUUACAGUCAAACUAGCGUAAAACCUGCUAGGGCCGUACUGGCUUGAUAAAGAGAUUGGCAAGUUCAUACUUUUCGAGUACUCUUCCAUGCCAUGAAGGGCACUGGAGAACGGCGAAGGCGUUGCAGUGCAAAACGAAGGAUCAUUGGCUCCGGCAUUAAUCGAUUAAAGCAGCGGUGAAGCAACGCACAACGAACCCAACAAAGCUUUUGACACAACCAGUUGACCUGUCCCGACACUGGGACCAGUCACUGCCAGACUACAUCAAGGUCAACCGCGCCCGGCAGGUUGCUUUUCGGUUCGUGAUGCACUACAUGGAACAUAUUUCGCCAUCUGGUCAGCCACUGGUGUGACGUCACUAUCGCCGUGAGGGAUUUACAUCAUACAGCGGCAAACACGCACACUGACAGCAGGCCACCGAUUAUCAGCCAGAUAAGUCGCAGAAGCCGUGCAAUAGCAUCAGCUGUUAAUAGCGUGCGCAUUGAUUUAAGAAAAAAAAACAGAAGCUCAAAGGAGUUGCGAAACCCAUAAAAACACACACAGAAUAGUAAGAUGGCUGACGGAGGGACGAGCGGCACGUUUCUGCGCACCAUCGAGUGGGAUAUGAUGGACAAGCGCAAGUUCUUCCCGCUCUCGAUGCUUAGUUCGUUCUCGGUGCGCUGUGCGCUGUAUCCGUUGACCGUGAUCAAAACGCAGCUACAGGUACAGUUCCGGAACGAUAUCUACAAGGGCAUGAUCGACGCCGGGAUCAAGAUCUAUCGAGCAGAGGGAAUGCCUGGACUGUAUCGCGGAUUCUGGAUCUCCUCGGUGCAAAUUGUGAGCGGUGUAUUCUACAUCAGCACGUACGAAGGUGUCCGUCACGUGUUGGGUCAGUACGGGGCAAACCAGCGGGUCAAAUCGCUCGUAGCCGGAGGGUGUGCUUCGCUCGUUGGCCAAACCAUCAUAGUACCGUUCGAUGUGAUUUCGCAACACGCGAUGGUACUCGGAAUGGGUGCGCAUGGCGGCAAGCACGGAGCGGUCAAUCCGCUCGGCAUCAAUUUCGACAAGGGUAGCAGCCGGUUACGGAUUACGCGUGACAUUGCACGGGAAAUUCUUCGCCGGGACGGUGUGCGUGGCUUUUACCGGGGAUAUACCGCGAGCCUGAUGGCGUACGUACCAAAUUCGGCCAUGUGGUGGGCAUUCUACCAUCUGUACCAAGACGAGUUAUUGAAAAUCGUACCACCGUGGGUGUCGCAUCUGUUUGUGCAGUGUGUGGCCGGCAGCUUCGGAGGUUUCACCACCACCAUCAUAACGAACCCGCUCGACAUAGUGCGGGCGCGACUACAGGUGCAGCGGCUUGAUUCGAUGAGUGUCGCUUUCCGGGAGCUUUGGCACGAGGAACACUUCCACAUGUUUUUCAAGGGACUGACGGCACGGUUGGUGCAAUCGGCUGCGUUUUCCUUCAGCAUCAUUCUAGGCUAUGAAACGAUCAAGCGGGUAUCAGUGAACGAGCAGUACCGGCACAUGAUCAAGUGGUAACGACAAAUGGUCUUGCACUAGCGACAGGAGCCGUUUUGUUUUGUGUACAGCAAGCUGCAGGUAGGAUGUAUCAUCGUCGUAAUAAUGUUCAUUCGUUUGUAGAUUCGUUUACACCAGUGUGUAUAUCUCACCAUGGAUCGUAGCACUUAAGGAAACCAAUGUUAAAACUAGGACGUGUUCCCCAGUAUCCGUGAACUGUAACAAUAAGCGAACAAUGAUAAAAAGUAAGCUAAGUUAAACAAAAAAACAAAACAAAAAGCUAGGACUUAAGAUGAAUGUGCAAUACAAAGGCAUUCGAGAUGAAUGGAUGGAAGACAAAACAGUUUGAUCAGAUGGAUGGAAGACAAACAGUGCAAACUAAAAGUUGCACAAAAACAGAGAACACGUUCCAAAAGGAACGAAACUGUACGACAAUAUCGCAUCUAGAAUCUUGCACAGUACAUCAUACUUUACUUCGCCGACGUAGUCCUCACCAUACGGCUCUUGUAAAUUUUUGUCCGCUCGAUGCUAAUGCCUUCCCAAUUGGGAGAGUAGAUCAAGAAUUAAGUUCAGCGUAGAUUCAAAUAUAUGUAAAUUAUAUGUUUUUUUUUAUUAUCAUGUGAGUUGCUCUCGAAAAAAAGCAAUUGAAGUUGGCUAUUUUCUUGACUACUUUGCCAAAACACAGUAUCACAUUUACUAUUAUUUCUACCCCAAGAAAACAAAUGCUAAGCCGUAGGAGGAGACUUUUGGUUUUGUCGUCAUUGUUUGUGUAAAACAUAAUAUAAACUGACAAUAGGAAAACGAACGCAUGUCUGCACUUGGGGAAAAUUAAACCAAAAAGUUAUGUAAACAAAACAGCUUUAAUAAAGCAAACAUGUUUUAAAAUCGUUACCAAACAAGAA